AAAUGAAAAAACAUUUAUAGGUUAUGUUAAUUUGUAAAUUGUACAUGCUCUACAUGCGGUGAUAAGGAGGAUAAUUAUGUAGAUUUUAUGCGGGGACUUAUGCUUAAUUAUUUUAGAUUAAAAUCUUUACUGUAAUUACAACAAUUUCUAGUCAUGCUCAUCUCAUAAACAUAUUGAUUUUAACAGGUUGAGGUGCAUUCCUGAAGAAAACAUCAGCAAUGACUUACCAAACAAUUUAUUGUUGCUAACUUAUCCAUGACGGUGCUCCUUAGACAGAGAACUUGUUUUAAAUUUCCGAGUCACAAAUUAUGCUGGGUGAAAAACACGUUUGCAAACAUGAUGUACAAUGCUAGUGAAUUUUGCUGCUAUCAAUGGAAUCCCCUGGAUCCUGUAUCAGGGGAUCGAUUACACAUUGGCAAAGAGUAUGCAGUUAUGAUACUAAACAGACCUAUAAAAGUGCCUCAGCGACUCAUGAUUGAUUUAUGGAAUAAUGCUAAAUUACGAAUCACUGUCGACAGGGGAACUGAAAGGUGGUUGACGUUUUGCGAAAAACUAAAAUCCGAUUGUGGUUCGGAAGUCACCCUAAAUCCUGACAUAGUGUCGGGUGACUUGGAUUCGCUAGAUCCAAGUAUAUUGCAGCAUAUGAGAAGUUUGGGAUGUGAAAUUCGUGAAACGGAAGAUCAAGAUAAUACGGACUUCAGGAAAGCUGUCGGUGUUGUUAUUGAUAAAAAGAUUGAGUUGGACUCAUUGUUGGUUGUGGGUGAACACUCAGGCAGACUGGAUCACAUAGUUUCCAAUCUAAACGUGCAUUUCACCACUGAUGAGCUACUAAGUAACAAAAACGUUCAAAUGUACCAUUUGGCCGGCGAUUCCCUCACUUGGUUACUGAAACCUGGCCAUCAUAAGAUUCGGAUACCACAACGAUUGAGAGACUGCAAUGCUUGGUGCAGCUUGUUACCUGUUGGAACGUCAUGCAAUGUUACGUCCACUGGCUUAAAGUAUAAUAUGGAGAAUUCUCGUUUGGAACUCGGUGGCCUUGUCAGCUCUUCCAAUACCUACGACUCUGAUAAGGAAUCAGUUGAAUUAUUAGUCGAUAAAAAAAUAAUCUGGUCCAUGGGAUUAGGAUUCAAAGAUGACUUAUUCAGAUCUUCGAAUUUCCGCCGAAAGUCCUGCCAAACAGCGAAGUACUAAUUGUUCUAAAAUAUUCAAUUAUUGUUUCAACUAAUUUGUACAGAAAAAAUUAUUUGUAGUCUGGGAGCGUAAAUUUUGUAGUUGGGUCUUUGUUUUCGUAUUUUCAUUACAAUGUAUUUUUCUUCAUUUUUAUUUGUUAUUUUCAUGUAUUUAUUGGUUAGUAUAAUCAAGUUAUCCUUUGAAUAUUGGGUUUUUAGAUUUGUAUAUUAUGAAAUGAAGACAGAUUUUGACUGUGGCUAGUUACACACACAUCAAUUUUUGGAUGUACGAUUUUUGUCGUCCUUUUAAAUUCUAUUAGAUUGAACAUAACUUGACAAACAGAUGAUGUGUUCAUGUGUUUGCCAAGUUUCGUUCAAUCUUCUUAGCCAGUUACACUCAAAUCUUUUUUUGGACGUUCGAUUUUUCGCCGUCUUUAUGAUUUCCACCAGUUUGAACGGUUCUUGACACACAUCAUCUGUUUAAUCCAAUAGAAUUUAUAAGGACGGCAAAAAAUCGAACGUUCAAUAAUCGAUGUGUGUGUAACUGGCUUAACUUAUUUGUAUUUCUAUUUUCAUCAUUAUAUUUUUGACAAAUAUCGACAUCAAUACUGUUGAGUUUUUCUGUGAAAAUGUACUUUUUAUACAUUUAUUCAAAUUGAAAUGAAAAUGAAAUGAAAAAUCUUUAUUAGGCGGAGUUAGGACUUUCAAGCUCUCUCUACCACUCAACCUCGAAAUUGAUUAUUGAGGCAGAAUAUUUUUGAGUUCUUUUAACAUCUAUCAAUAUUUAUUUGAGUGCUCUGGUACUAUCGGAAUCAAUGGGAAAAUAUACAAUAUUGGUAUAUAUUUUAUUCAUGCUUUUACCUCUACAAGUUGUAUCAAAAUUGUUUUAAUUAUCUGAUGACUUUUCUCCUGGAUUUGUAUAGAAAGAUUUAAUGUUGAAUUCUGUCAAUACAAAUUUUUUCCUUGAUUAUUAAUCAAAAACUUAAAUUCAUGUACUUUGAUUCGAUUACAUACGAGGCUUAUAGUGUAGAAUAUUUUAUAAUUAUAAUAAUCAGUUGCCAUUGUUAUCAGUGAGAAAUAUCUGUGAUAUUUUAAAAAUUGAAGGUUAAAUUUCAUUUAUUGUAUUGUUUGAUAAUAAUAAAUUAUCUAGUUCAAAGCUGGAAUCAUCAGAGUAAAAAUUAGGACAAAUUUGUUGACUUAAUAUUAAAAGCUCCUUUAAUAGUGUAUUGUACAGUAAGCCAUUGUAAUACAUUUCAUGAGAAAAUUGAGUACAAAAUUAUUGAUGUUGUAACAUCCACAUGAUUAAAAAAAGUAUCUAAAUUUUUUGGAGAGCAAUAAUGUCGAAAUUGUUGUUGUCUUAACUUCAACAGAUUAGAUCAGAUUAGAGAUCUUUAUUUAUGUAUGUUACUAUAUAUACUGGCUUAUAAACUAAUUUACAUUAAAUGACAGAAUUGCUAAUUUUACAAAGUAUGGACAAUCAACAUUUUUAUAGUUUUUGCUUUUUAAAUGUGAUUUUGUGUUUGAAAAUAGUUUCCUUGAUUUUAAUAUUUAUAAAAUAGAAACUCAGGAAGUAAAAGUGCAAAUUUUUAGUGAGAAAACAUGAAGAACCCAAGACAUAAUCUAUAAACUUGAGUGUUGAUAGGAAAUGACACUGGGUAAUACGGCAAGGCAGAACAACAUAAUAUAUUUUUCCCGUUAACCACGACAGAGAGGGAGAGAGAGAAAUAAUGUCCUUACAUAAGGUAGUUGGGCAAGGAAAGUAAAAAAGACUCCAGAACUUUUAAAUCUAUACCAGCAUCAUUUACAGAAUUCAAAAAGGAAGUAAAAAAUUUGUGUAUACAUGACCAAAUAAAAUAAAUUACAAUGAGGCUGAUGAAGCUCCUCUUCAGGAGUGAAAUGCAUUCCUCAAUACUCCAACAAAAGUAAGUGUUUUUUUUCAAAUAUUUACAAGUAACACAGUGUCAGAACUACAACAGAGUUAAAUAAAUUGCUAUUGCAAACAUCAGUAGUAUUGACAAUUCUUUAAAAAUUUAUUUAAUUUUGAUCAAAAAGACGUAUUCUAGAUCUUCUCAUCUACAUAUUAUAUUUUUAUUCGAAGUCAUGAAUAUUGAGGACUUUGACAUUGGUAAUAUAGGACAUUCUAUAAUAUUAUGAAAUUAGGACUUCUGGAUUAUCAAAUAUGAUUAUUGACUGAAGUUGAAAGUCAAUUUUGAAAGUAUAUAUUUCAUUAGUUAUUUAUUGGAGCUGGUUGUGUUGUAGUGAUAUCUACUUAACAUGCUAUUGUUUCUCUAUGGUUUUAUGUUGUAGUUAGAAUAGUGAUUUUGUAAUACCAUAAUAUGGAUGUAGAAGUAAUAAAUGCUUUCAAGUAGGUAGCCUAAUCAUGAAAAAUUGUUUUGGUGUCAAA